CUCCGCUUCUCCAAUCACAGUGAUCUCCCCGGGAACGAGCGCUUGACGACGGAAAGCCUCGGUCAGAAUGAGAAAGCGCACUGCUCCCUACCCUUUCUAUAACUUCAUCUCCAAGCUUCUAUCACCUCGAGUCUAGACCAUUUGAUACACCUAAUUGUCGCUCUAAACUCAUGGUGAUCAUGGCUACCACACGUCUUCCUCUUCUCCUCCGCUCCCUUCCUUCCAGAGCUCCGCGGUUCACGAAACCCCUCAUUCCCGCCGCCCGCACUUACGCAACCUCCAAACACCCGAAGGGAUUCGUGCCUCCUUCCGAAGAUGACUUGCUAGAGCUACGAGAACGAGUCCAAGAGUUCACGAGGAGGGAGAUCCCUGAAGAAGUCGCGGCGCAGACUGACGCUCAAAAUGAGUUCCCCGCAGACAUGUGGAAGAAGCUGGGCGAUGCUGGUUUCCUAGGUGUCACAGCAGGAGAAGAGUAUGGAGGCCUCGGAAUGGGAUAUCAAGCCCAUUGCGUCGUGAUGGAAGAAAUCAGUCGAGCGUCCGGUAGUAUCGGUUUAUCUUACGCAGCACACUCGCAGCUCUGUGUGAACCAGCUCUCGUUGAACGGUAGCGCCGAACAAAAAGAACGUUAUCUCCCGGGACUGCUCUCCGGUGAAAAAGUCGGCGCAUUAGCUAUGUCAGAACACUCGGCUGGUUCCGAUGUCGUUAGCAUGAAGACGACGGCCAAAGAGGUCGACGGCGGAUGGGUAUUGAAUGGCACCAAGAUGUGGAUCACAAACGGCCCCGAUGCCGAUUACAUCGUCGUCUACGCCAAAACAGAGCCCGAGAAGGGCUCCAAAGGCAUCACCGCCUUUGUCGUGGAAAAGACAUUCAAGGGCUUCUCUUGCGCUCGUAAGCUUGAUAAGCUCGGAAUGCGCGGGUCAAACACCGGAGAGCUCGUAUUCGAAGACGUCUUUGUCCCCAAGGAGAAUCUUCUAGGCGAAGUAAAUCGCGGCGUCAAGGUCCUGAUGGAGGGCCUUGAUUUGGAACGCCUUGUUCUCAGUGCUGGUCCACUAGGAAUCAUGCAAGCCGCCCUCGACCUAGUCCUCCCAUACACCCACGUCCGCAAGCAAUUCGGUACCCCCAUCGCCCAUAACCAGUUGAUCCAGGGCAAGCUCGCAGAUAUGCAUACAAAACUCGCCGCUUCACGCGCCUAUACAUAUGCCACUGCCCGCCACAUCGACAGCUUCGCCUCCCUCGGAGCUGCGGCAAUCCGGACCCAAGAUUGCGCGGGUGCCAUCCUAUACGCGGCUGAGAGGGCUACCGAGUGCUCUCUCGAUGCGAUCCAACUUAUGGGCGGAAAUGGGUACAUCAAUGAGAUCCCGGCUGGACGAUUACUUAGGGACGCGAAGCUAUAUGAGAUCGGUGCCGGGACGAGCGAGAUUCGACGUAUGGUUAUUGGGCGUGCCUUUAAUAAAGAGUACGCUCAAUGAUGAGGGAGAGCUGUGAGCUGUAUUGUAGCUAGAAUUGGUUUUGAUUUAGGUGUCUAGGAAUACAUAAGGAUAAUGUAUUUUCAUACAGGGAGUUAGAGAGCAUAAUUCAUGAGACUUGAGCUAUUUCUUGUUUCGUGCUGACCUGCGGACCGGCGCUGACGACGCUGGAGGGGGUUUUGAUGUCUGGGACGACUUGGACAACGACCGUUUCGACUUUUUCGGCUGCGCUUCAGUGGUCGCGGUAUUCUGGGAGUCGUCUGGCGGGUCGCUCACAGAAACCGAGGCCUUGCGUUUUCGACCCCUGCGAGCAGGAGCGGGGGCAGGCUCUUUCGUUCCAUCUUCAGCAGGAGUCUCACUGGAAACUCCAUUGGUGGUAGGCCCUUGAUCCUCCUCUGUGAUCGGUUGUAAUGGGUGCUUUAACUCAUCUCCAGGAGAUUUCGCAAAACCAAGUUUCUUCGAAUGGACAGGUAAAUCAGGUGGCGAGUUCAAAACCACCUGUGCAUGGAACGGCGUCGAGUAUAGCGGUUUCGCAGACUUCGCGUCUGCAUCGGUCACCUCGGCAUCAGAUAUAUCCUCAACCAACGGCGGCACUUCGAGUCCAGGCUCGCUCUCUUCGGCCGGAUUGACAUCCACCAUCAUGGGAAUCGGCUUCCGGCCGCGCAAGCGGCCAAUCGCGGGUUUCGCGUUCCGGAAAAUCUCCCUCCAGUUCUUGAGCAGGGAGACCUUCUCGCCUUCGCCCGGGGCAUAGAUUUCCACGAUAUCUGUCUCGUCUGCGGGGUGUUUCCAGGCGACGCCCUGGAAGGAAGCCGUAUCUGUUAUGAGGUUGUUCGCUACUUUUCUUCGUUUCGAGGGCAAGGAGUCGAAGGGUGCUGUGUCCUUAAGCGGUAGGAGACCCAUGGCGCGUAGUCGGCGGACUGCCGUAGGGUCUUCGUCAUAGUAGUCGUCGGAUAGGUCAUCCCAGUCGCUGAAAUAGUCGGCGGUUUCUAGGGAGGGGUCUUCGGGGAGGAUGGGGUCGUGAGUCGCGGCUGCGGCGAGGUCGUCCUAUUGCCAUUGAUGUUAGUUCUUGGAGUUGGAACAAUAGAAGUAGGA